UUAUGAUUGGCUGCUUAGACCAAAGCAAAACAAUUGGAGAAGACAAAUCGGAAAUGACUCUCAGUACGCAUGUAACUCAUCUAUCAAGCGUUUGUAAGCGUGUUCUAAGAGGAUAUUUAGAGAAAAAAAUCACCUUGGAGUAUUUGACUGGGGUUUUUCUCGUCCUUGUUCUUACGGAUAAACUUGAAUUUAGAAAUUGCGACGUGGAGUGACUUCAAAUAAACACUUAUUUAAACCAUGAAAUACUGGACAACUGUUCCUCCCUAUUAUUCGACUCCUCAACAGUGCGCAUCCAUGACCCGAACAGAGAUUGAACCAAGGACUUCGCAUUUAUUUUUUGGGUUUCUGAACAGUUGGAUGAGAAAUCCUACAUGAUAGUCAUCUUAAAAGUAUGGGACUGGAAGUGUUUUUGAUAUGAUAUUCUUUUUUUCAUCUUCAGCUCCAUACUACUAAUGCACAAACCCACUAAAUAUCAAGUGUCAAUUGCACAGAGACGUUUUUUGUUGAUUUAAUAUCAUACUCUGUAUUCAUCGUCUCCCCUGCCUUUUUCUCUUCCAUUUUCCCGUUACUAUUCGUACUGGUUUUUCUAAUCAUUUGCUUUUCUUUUGUUGAUUCCCUUGAGUCAAGUAUGUCAAGUUACGUAUUUCAUGAUUGUGUUGAGAUCGAUAUAUUGAAUAAAAGAAAAUAGGUCAACUUUCUUUAACCAUUAAAGACUUGUCACCUUGCCACCCUAAAUGUUAUUAAAAGACAGGAAUGCCA